UACCGGAAUGAAACUCACAUAGUCACAUGAACAAAACCAGUGAAAGGGAAGAGGCGAAAAGGUCGAAAAAAUGGCGUGGAUGAAUCCUUCGAUCUUGCUCAUCCUUUUCUUCUUCUCCUCUGCCAGCCGCUCCAUCUCGGCAACUGCAGAGCUCCAAGCGUCUCCUUCGGACCACGGAAUCAAUGGAGGGUUCCAACGAAGGGUUUUGCUUGGCUUCAAAGAAACGCCCAGCGGAAGUAACACAAGCUUUGAUUGCGCUCCUUCCGGGGCCUGCGUUCCCUGCCAAUACUCAGAGAAGACUGAGCCAAAGUACAGAUGCAGUGAGACUGGGUAUCGUAUCCCGUUGAAAUGUAAGGAGAUCAAAGAUGGUGCCAAGCUUGCAAAACAGGGAAAGUCCAAAAAGAAUCGAUCUGAUCUGGAAACGUCUGCUGGUAGUGGAAAUCAGGAGGCUUCUUCCAUUGCAGGUAGAAAUUUGGCCGAGGACUCUAAGAAACUAGAUGGUGGUGGUGGAUCACAGGCUUACAUUACUUACAGAAGUUGCAUACCGCCUGCUGAUGAAGAGAAGGUUUCAGUGCUUGGUUUUGAGGGCAUUGUGCUGUUCUUCAUGGUUGCAAGUGGUUCGUUCGUGUACUAUCGAAAGAAGCAGACAGGAACAAUGCCAGGUGCAGGUAGGAUCCAAAUGAACUCUCGGUUUUGAACCCUUUUUUUUUAUUUUGUCAUUCUGAGACUCCUUGCAUAGCAUGUUCCAUCCCCAUCCCACCUCUUCCAAGCACUUCGAUACACAUUCGUGUUUCACUGUAAUUGUUGAGUUUCUUGUAUGUCUUGCUCUCGUAGAUAGUGAUUGCCUUUCAAUGGACGAUGUUGUAGUUAAUGAAAUCAUCGGUACUAAUGCGUCUGAGCAUAGUUUUAUACGAGCUUCCUUUCGCUCGUUCAGAUUUGUUCAAUGUUCGAUUUUGGCCUCUUUGUGUAAGUUUUGUCUUGUGCAUCAAGAGCAGUAACUAAUGCAUUAGGAAGGGAAGG